CAGUCAGCCGCUGCCGUCACCCACGGUUCGCUUGCAGUCAGUUCCUCUCCCUCUAGUAUUCCCUAUCAGGUCAUCCACUCCUUCAAUCCAAAACAUAUCACACAUGUCUCGAUACGGCGACUACCGUCGCUCUACUGGGGCUCUCGACGAGGACCAUUAUUCGCGGGACCGUGAGCGUCACCGUCACCGUCACCGUUCACGUGGACCCCCGGUACUCGAGCGCCCCCGCCGUGUCGAAGAGGAUGAUCGCUUCGAAUAUCGCCUUCAGGAGCAGGAGCGAUAUGGCCCCCCUGCCCGUCGCUCUGAAAUAUUCUACGAGGAUGACCAUAUAGCCUACUCCCCAGGCCCGCUGGUCACCUACCGCCAUGCCGAGAGUCCUCCCCCGCGCCCGCGCCUUCUGCGCCGACAGUCUUCUUUGGACACUUUCGACCGCCCAACACGCAAGGUCGAUGAAUAUUACUAUAGCGACUACCCGCCUAGAGCUCCUCCUAGUCCCCCGCCGAUGCGAAGACGGGGCUCCUUCCACCGUGUUCGUUCGCCCGACUACUACGAGGAAAUCCGUAUCGCGGAACCAGACUACUAUGGCGAUGAAGAGUACCGGGAGUUCCGUGAGCGUGAUCGGAUUGUGGAGCGCCCACGUCGCUCAGUGAGUCGGUAUCGUGGGAGAAUGGUAGAGGAAGUUGACGUGGAGAAACCGUAUCCUCGGAAAGGCAGAACUCGCAUGCCUCGCAAGUUGGUUCACACCAGCGCGAUCCGCGAGUUUGGCUAUCCGUAUGAGGAAGAGGGGAAAAUGAUCAUCAUCCAGGUUGCUCUUUCCAAGGAGCAGAUUGACGAGGUCAUCAGUCGAAGUCGUGAGAUCAAGCGCAUGACCGAGACACAUUAUAAGCAUACCUCUUCACCCUCUCCCAUUCGCGACAGACAUCGCGACCGCAUAGUGGAAAAAAUCGCCAUGGAGAGUUACACUCCCCGGACGAGCCAUGAGACUUUGCUCAUCGAGCCAUCUCCGUCCCGGCACCGGUCGCGGUCGCGCCAUCACCAUCAUCAUCACCACCACCAUGGCGAGCUGGAGGAAACGAAAAUAACCAGGACAGUCUCUCGGACACGAAACGUGUCCGUCCAGGGUCGCCCUCGCCGUCGGUCAUCGCCCGUGCGUAGAAUUGAGCGGUAUGACGAUGGAGCCCAAUCCACUAAGCUUCAGUCCGGCCCACUUGCAAUCGUUGUACGUCCGCGAGACAGUGAUGACGAUCUGCGGGAAUACACGCAAAUCGAGCGACGUGGCGGUGGAGAGGUGAUCCGAGACACGGAGAUUAUUGGCGACGGCGAAGAAGAGGAGAUCCUCGAGGUGAAAAAGGAUCGCAGAGUGUCCAACGACAUCAUGGAUAAGUUCCAGGCGUUCGGAAAGAACCUCAGCGCGAGCUUCUCGCCCUUUGCUGCGCGCACUCAGCAGAUGAUCAAGGAGCAGCUUGGUCAGGCCGAUGACCGCACUCAACUCCCCGAUGAGUACAUCGAGCUGGAGAAGCGGGUGGAUGCCCUGAAGAUUGUCCACCAGAAGCUUCUUCAAGUGACUUCCCAGUACUCCAACGAGGCCUAUGACUACCCGCCCAACAUCCGCGAAUCCUUCAACGACAUGGGCCGCACCAUCAGCGAGAAGGUCCAGCUCCUUUCCCAGGCCUCCUCUCCCGCUGAGGCUCAGGCUGCCCUGACUGCGCCUCCCUCGGCCAAGCCGCAGCCCAAGACCUUUAACCACGCUAUUGCCCGCGCCUCUCUGGCAGGUUCCCAGACUCUGGCGCAGAGCUCGCACGGUGAGGACCCUCUGGCUACUGCGCUGGAGAAGUACGCUUUGGCGUCGGAGAAGGUGGGCGAGGCCCGUCUGGCCCAGGACGCUCAGAUCCAGUCCCGCUUCUUGGCUGGCUGGAACACCACUCUUAACACGAACUUGAUGUUCGCCGCGAAGGCACGUAAGAACGUUGAGAACGCUCGUCUUAUGCUCGACUCGAUCAAGGCGAGCAAGAAGGCCGCUGUCAGGGGUGACUGGGACAGCCUGAGCGAGGAGGCUCGUGCGGAGAUUGAGCAGGCGGAGGAUGAGUUCGUUGGACAGACCGAGGAGGCUGUGAGCGUGAUGAAGAAUGUUCUCGAUACCCCCGAACCUCUGCGGAACCUGGCCGACCUGAUCGCGGCACAGCUAGAGUACCACAAGCGGUCUUACGAGAUACUCAGCGAGCUGGCUCCUGUUGUCGAUGGCUUGCAGGUUGAGCAAGAGGCCAGCUACCGUAAGAGCCGUGAGGGCGCGUAA